UGCCAGGAUUGUAAUGUGGAAAAAAACACUGUUAAACGUGCAAAACUUGACCUCACGAAACAAAAAGUAUCAAUGUUACCGUCACAGGAAUCACAACGAGCAAGAAAAAUCAGUGUGAGCAGGUGAAACAAUUUCCCCUUCACUCGUCUGAGAUAUAAUAAUCUGUAUAUAAAAAUAAUAAAGAGAUAAUAAUUUCCAUCAUGUCCUGGGGCUGGCCUCCUCAUACGACCUCAACCAGCUCCUCUCGAUGGGGAGGAGGAGAGGAGGUGAAAGAUUAAGGCAGCCGUAAAACCCCACCCUGUGGUCAUGGGGGUUUCCCUCAGGUGUCAGUGAACACAGGGCUAUUAUAACUUCUGUGUGUGUGCCGUCUCUGCCAGAUGUUUGCAUCUCAGGGUUUAAAAUGAAAUCUGUGGACAGCAGGUGGAGGCUGCUGCCGCUCGGACAGAUGAUGUGAUGGAUUACACACAGAUGAAGAUAAAAGCACAACAGAUGUUUACAGAUGUUUCCUCCACCGUGUGUGUACUGUUGUAUCAGACACACGUCACUCGAGCUGCUGCUGUGAAGGAAGCCUCGGCUUUCUGAACGUUUAGAGGACGCAGGAACACAAAUAGGUUAAUCCACUGCUGCGUGGUGCAUUCAGGGCCUUCCCUGAACCAGGACAGGUUGUCUAUCUCACUCUACCACUGUCCUCUCUCUAUUUAAAAAGACUUAAGUGUGUGUGUGAGUGUGUGUGUGUGAGAUUAGAGCUAGAUACAUGAGGUUGAUGGGCAGGACGCCAUGUUUAACAUCUGUACUCAGACUUUUGGUUUUUUGAAUCAGACAGACAUGAUAUCUGCUCUCUGAUUGGUGGGAUCAGGCCAACGGGAUUAAUAUGAGAGCAGCAGCAGGGACACAGACAGACAGAUGAAGGUGGACGGACGCUGCGGGCGACAGGAACCAGACAAACAGUGUCAGCCAUGUUUGCGGGUCGGGCGUCAGCCGCAGGAGCCGCUGGACCCUCAGCAGCCGUAGCAGGAAAAGCUGGAAAGUUGUCAGUGGAGGAGAUCUAUGGUUUCAGCAAGAAGCCCAAAGUAAACAGGGGGAUUUCUGGGAAACUAGAGAAAACGGAAGUGAAGAAGGAUGUGAAGGAGAAAGAUGAGUCGGUGUUGGCAUCUCAGAUCCUGGAGGCCGCCCGGAGGCUGAUGGAGAGGCGACGCCUUGAGAUCUACCUGAAGGAGUGUGACAUCACCAUGGAGCAGAGGGACAUGCAAUACAGGAAUCUUGGGAAAUCUGGGCUGAGAGUGUCCUGCUUAGGACUGGGAACAUGGGUGACAUUUGGUUCUCAGAUCUCUGAUGAGAUGGCAGAGAGCGUGAUGACGGUGGCGUACGACAGCGGAGUGAAUUUGUUCGACACAGCGGAGGUUUACGCCUCGGGGAGGGCGGAGACGACUCUGGGAAACAUCCUGAAGAAGAAAGGAUGGAGGAGGUCCAGUUAUGUGGUGACCACUAAGCUCUACUGGGGCGGACAGGCAGAGACGGAGCGAGGGUUGUCGCGGAAACACAUCAUUGAAGGUCUGCGCGGCUCGCUCUCCAGGUUACAGCUGGACUAUGUGGACAUCGUUUUCGCCAACAGAACGGACGUGAACGCGCCGAUGGAGGAGAUCGUUCGAGCCAUGACCUUCGUCAUCGAGCAGGGCAUGGCCAUGUACUGGGGGACGUCGCGCUGGAACGUGGUGGAGAUCAUGGAGGCGUACUCCAUUGCGCGGCAGUUUAACCUGAUCCCUCCGGUGUGCGAGCAGGCCGAGUAUCACUACUUCCAGAGAGACAAAGUGGAGCUGCACCUGCACACACACACACACAACCAAAGUGUCGGAGCCAUGACCUGGUCCCCGUUAGCUUGCGGCCUGCUGACGGGCAAAUACAACGAGGGCGUCCCUGAGAGCUCCAGAGCCGCCAUGAAGGCCAUCUGUUACCCUGCUGAUCAUGUGUCUGUGUGUGUGGGAAGGAAGCAGCUCAGCAAAAUCAAAAGAGCUCACCGCUGGCUGGACAGGCUGAGCACGGCUGCUCAGCUGGCCAUUGCCUGGUGUCUCCGCAGUGAAGGCGUCAGCUCGGUGCUGCUCGGCGUCUCCAACACAGAACAGCUGCUGGAGAACCUCGGCUCUGUCAGGGUGCUGUCUCAGCUGACUCCGCCCCUCAUCGCCGAGAUGGAUGCGUUGCUGGGCAACAAGCCAAGAAAUGUGAAGAAGGAGGCGAGAAGAUGAAGAUGAGGAAGAGUUCAGACUGUAGAUAAUCAGAAAUAUUUAUUCUUGUAUUAAUCUUCACAUCUUCAUUAAUACAGUAAAAUAUUCAGAUGGAUAAACUGUGACUCGAAAACAGUUAAAAACAGAGAAAAGUAACGAGAAGGUUUGAAGCUGGUAUCAAAGGAAACUUUUACGGUAAAACCAUUAAAAUGUAAAUAUGUUUGUUUCCUAGUUAAUCAUGUAGGGAUUUAUGGAAGUUCCUUAAUUAAACAAUGUUUGUGAGGAGCUGCAGAAAUAAAAAUCUAGAUUUUAUGAAACUGUGAAACACAUAAAUAUGUAUAACAAUAAAACGUGUGUCCGUACAAACAGAAGCACAAACUUUUUUCUAGUUAGGAAAUAAUAACUUGGUUUUAUUUUGUAAACAAUCACAAAUAUCACAUGAACGUAGAGUUUUAUUUUUAUAUAUUACUAUAAUUUUUAUCAUCACAUAUUAAGCCCCGCUGUGAAUUACAUUCUUGUGUUUUAUGAUAUUAGGACAUUUAUGAAAUAAAGGCACAAGUAAACUAAAUUUAAAAUUAGUAUAAAAAACACAAUCAUGCUUCAAACUUCUCACUCCAGGUAAAUAUAUAUAAUAAAAGUAUUUUUAUUUAAUCCAGAGUUCUUCUUUUAGGCUUUGUUUUUUGGCAUACACAGGCUUCCGUAUAUCAAUAAGCGCUAUUUGUAUUUCAAAAUAAAAGCCUGCUCCUGAGUACUCUGUACUGAAAAUAUAUUUAUGAGUACAUUUAUUGUGAAAUGGGAAAUGUGUAUUUUAUGAAUGUAGCUGCUGCUCCCUCCUGUGUGUGUUUAGAUAGAGAAGACAUUUAACUCAGUGGUGCUCAACCUGAGGAGACGGGACCUCUCAGGAGUCAGGACCUCCUCAUAUCUUGAAGGAAACGAGUAUAUUUUCCAUCUCAAUUAAAGCGAACACAGUAAGAUUAAUGUGACUCAGUGGAGGUUACAACAUGAACACAACACCAACAGGUGAACUUUAACCAGGUACCUGACAGGUGUUUGGUCUCCUGAUGGGUGGAUGUGAAGCUGUGUGAAUCAGGCUGUAAAAAUCAGAAACACCAGGUGUGCACCGGCUUCAGUGUGGCUGAUGUUUGAGUGGAAGUCCCUUUAUGUUCCUCAGUGUGCUGUGAAGCUGCUGGAACUUGGUUUUCAUUCAUGUGGCGUCGAUAAAGAUGGAGGUAAAUCUGCUGAAUCUGGAGGGUGGAGACUGUUUCCUGUGUCACUGAAGGUUCUCCGUCUGAUGCUGGGAGUAGAGCUCAUGUUGCAGAUCCACCAGUGUGUGCUGGCAGGAGGACAGAUCAGCUGACACAACAAAUUCAAGUCAGUUUGAAGCAGACGUUGAUGUUUGCUGUCAGUCUGAGGUCAGAGGGCAGCACAGAGAGGUCAGAGGUCAGGCGUGGGCUCUAGACAGAUCUGAGCAUAUCAGCUGGGGUAAAAAUGAUCCAGAGGUGCACGAGAAGAAGAUCGAGAACAUUUAACCAGGUGUUUAUUCCUAUGAAUCAGACCUGCUUCACAUGGGCUCUGUGUGACUUACGUAUUUAUGUAAACCUGCUGAUCAGGCUCAGAGUCAAAGUCAGUAACAGAGACAAACUGCUGUAAAUAUGUAAAAAUAAAAUCAAUAGUAAAGCUCAUCCUUGGUGUUUAUUACCCAGAGUUUAUAAUCAGAGUUGGUCUUUUAAACACUGAAAUAAUCAGUAUUAAUUUUCACUGCAUAAUUCAAACAUUCAUAAUCAAACCAGUCGAGUUUCCUGAUGUUUCCACUCUGCUGGAGCUUUUUGACCCAAGCUCAGUUUAUUUCAGUUUCACUCUGAUCAGAAAAAUCCAAAUUAUGCUGUUCUUUAAUGAGAAUAAAAAAUAAUAAUAAAAAUGACCCUUUGAAAUAAAUACUGUGAGUACCUACACAACAUUUAUGUUAAAAAUAUGAAAUAAUGUGUAAAAUAAACACUGUGAUUCAUUAUUGAAGCGUUUUUCUUUGUUAGAUUUGUUAGACCUGUUUAACAUUAUUAUCCCAUAAAUCCUUUCAAUUUGACUCCACUGAUCACCUGACUGAAACUGUGUGACCGUUACCAUGACGACCAGCGGGAUCACAAAGUUUCCUCCAUCUUCCUGUUUAACCCCUCCUACCACUCUCUGUGUA